AUGAGCUGGGUCAGACUAGACCCAGGAACCUACCGAACCGUUGAUUGCGUGAACAAGCGUUCGACAUGUCAAAUUGAAGUCUCCGUCAGCUACCAGAACUUGAAAGUUUUCUCAGAAGAGGAUGAAGCGACACUUGGACUUCCCGUAACUGCACCCCUUCGAAUACUUAGCUUCGACAUAGAGACCAUGAUACCCGAAGACGAUGGAGUAUUCCCAUAUCCUGAGGGCUUUCCUGUUCUACAGAUAUCUAAUACCGUAUCCCAUCGUCCCGGGGACUCUACGCAUCGGACCGACCCCGUGAUGCGCACGUUGUUUGUUUUGAACGAUUGCCUACCUAUCCGGGGCGUUCAGGCUCUCUGUUUCGCAACUGAGAGGGAGUUAUUGGCAGCCUGGGGGCGAUUUAUUCUCGACACUGAUCCGGAUGUGGUGCUGGGCUAUAACAGUGGUCGUUUUGACCUGCCAUUUCUGCUUGCCCGAGCCCAGGUUCUCAACCUUGCGACGUUCGGACAACUGGGGAGGCUCAAAGAGCCAUGCUUGAGUUAUCCACCCUGGGACAGGUCAAGCAAGGAGCCGGAAAGUGCCCGGGCGCCACUCAUACCGGGGCGAAUUACCCUCGAUCUAUUCAACUACAUUGCCAGAAGGAACUCGCCCGAAGGGACGUCAAAGGCGCUCGGCGCCGUCGCGCAGCGGAUCCUUGGUGAGACCAAAGUGGACUUUGACUUUCGAUUGAUACCCGUGCUUCAGAACGGUGGUCCGGACAAUCGAAGGCUGAUGGCGAUCUAUUGCCUGAAGGACGCAUACCUUGUUCAACGGUUGCUGGACAACACUCCUUGUCUGCUUCAGAAUCAUUUGAAAGCGUACCGUGAUUUAGAAGCAGGGAAGAUCGGGGGCUACGUCGUUGUCGAUCCCUGA